AUGGCGUCGGCGUCGAGCAGGGUGGACGCCUUUGCGCUCAUCGCGCCCGUCUUCAUCCCCGCGACACUCGGCGGUGCCGGAUACGCAGCAUGGAAGCUCGACUGGAAGGUCAUGAUCAAGUCCUUCCUCACCGGACCAGGACGCACCUCGCGCAUCAUGCUGCUCCUGUUCAUGUUCUUCAAUUGGAAGAACCUGCCCUUUGCGUGGACGUAUCGAGUCUUCUACUCAAUUAUCCACCACCACAUCGUGCGCAAGUCGCCGCAGCUCGGGCCCCGGGCCCUCUUCAAGCCCAUGAUCUCCAAGACGUGGGCUCCCGUCCUCGAGAUCGACUACAACCUCCACAAGUCCAACUCGACCUUCUUCAGCGACCUGGACGUCUCCCGAACCCACCUCGUCUCCUACCUCCUCCGCCCGACCAUGCGCGCCCUCACCCACAACACCAAGAGCAAGCUGGUCCUCGACCCGGCCUCGGGCGCCCCCAUGAAGGGCCCCCUGGGCAUCCUCCUCGGCGCCGUCACCUGCAGCUUCAAGAAGGAGGUCGCCCCGUACAAGACGUACGAGCUCUGGAGCCGCAUCCUCUGCUGGGACCGCAAGUGGCUCUUCGUCAUCACCCACUUCGUCCCCAAGGGCACCGCCAAACCCACCGAGUGGCUCGACCCCAAGUACGGCAAGGUGCAGACCCGGUCCGCCCAGGACGCCGCGGGCGGCUGGGAGCGCAAGAUCAUCGCCACCGCCAUCAGCAAGUACGUCUUCAAGGUCGGCCGCCUCACCGUGCACCCCGCCCUCAUCCUGGAGCAUUCAAACAUGCUUCCGGAACGCCCGGGAGGCUGGCAGGGCGGAGAGAAUGGCCUCGGGGACGAGUCUGUCGACGUCAGCGAUAUUGACCUGAGGUUCGAGGGUGAGUGGGACUGGCGUCGCACUGAGGCUCAUCGCCGCCAGGGCAUGGACCUGGCUGCCCACUUCAAUGCGCUGGAAGGAGGACAUGAUCUGUUCGAUGGCGGCAACACUGGUGCGCUGUGCCGUGCCUGGCCUGGCUAA